AUGCGUCUAUAUUCACUGAAGAAAAUGCAGAUCUUCUUGCUUGUCACCGUCUUAUCCUGCAUAAUUCUUAUCUCCGCCGUCAUUGGUUCACUAGGGCCCCCGGUUCUCAGUCGCAACACCCACUUCGGCAGUCAACUUUUACCCACAGACAGGACUCUUGUCACCGGAUUUUACAAAAUUCAUUCUGAUCCUGUCUUGCUUUACCAAAAGGAACUGUGGCUUUCCGCCGUAAUACACCAAAGUGAACCCCCUGUCGCAGUUUCGCUUCCGCUCACAACGACUGUCUCCGUAAUGUGUCGGUCAUACUCACCACAAAUAUCGAAAACUGGAACAGACGACGCAGACCCAGAGUUAGGUGAGGUGAUUUCGAUUGAGAAGUACCAGAAGAACAUCACUCUUGUUUGCGGCGGUGGUCAGGCUUGCAACGAAUUCCAAUUGAUACAUCUGGCCUCGUUGAACUGCUCAGUGUAUACCUUCAAAGUGAAACUCCAGGGCCUACCGUCUGCGACUGUAUCAGAGAAGGCGAGCGAGUUUGACGACGUCGACGAGCUGCAGGAGCCUCGAGGUCCUGCCUUCGAAGUCGCCGAGAUUGAGUUCAUUACGCAAACACACAACACGUCUUUCAGUUACUUCGAACUCCUAUCGCGCUUCGUCGCCUUCCUCGGUGCCUUCGCGCUCCUGGUGACUUUCAGCCUGGCCAUGCGUCCCUUCGAAUAUAAGCACUGGACCAUCGAGCAGAGAUGGACCAUUGGCAUUCUCGUGCUUCUCAUAUUCUUCUAUAACCCACUUCACUCGUUAGCGUUUCUACUCCGCGGUUGGAUUCCACAGGCUCUGGACAGCUUCUUCCAGGUCUCUUUCUACUCCGGCCUGCUGUUGUUCUGGCUCUGCGUCUUCGAUGGACUUCGUGUGAGUCAAAGGACGUGUUGUGGUUUUUACUGCCUGCGCCUCCUCCUCACCGGUGUCAUAUGGCUGACUAUUAUUGCAUUUAAUGGCUGGCUUAUCCAUUCCGAACACACCGACCCCCUAUUCGCAUUGGCGUCGCAUGCCACCGCCGUCAAGGUCUUUGUGGCACUGCUUGGUGUGCUAGCCUUCAUCUACCUCCUGUGCUUUCUCAUCCUUCUCUUCCGAUCCUACUCUGAACUUCGCGAUAUGCCGUAUUAUGGCACUCGUCUGUGUUACGCAUUGGCGCCCAUCUUCCUCGUGGUGAUUGACUUCUUCGUUGUGGCCGGUCUGCGGUUCCGUCCAAGCGGCACCUUCUUCUACCGUCCAGUCACAACUGAUCUGGUUGUCUUCGAUGAUGGCGAGCAGACGCCCAGCGGCAUUGCUUUCACCCUCUACCGCUCCGCCUUCGAACUCUCCUUCAGUUUCGGCAUUUUGUUUGUUUGCAUGCUUAUCUUGGUUGUUGCCUACUCUCCGGCCGAAUCCGCCUUCACUGACGUCAGCGUCACCACUCACAUCCAAGUGGAACGACGUAGACAAAGUUUUUCAACUGAGGACGAUAAGGUGUCACUUGACCAGCAAAACAGACACGACAACUCCGAUGCUCGACGUCAUUCUACUGGAAGAACAUUCGUCAGAACGAUUUUACCAACUGGCACCUCGAGAGCUAAUGAUGACGCCGACGCCACCGAUCUCACGGUCUCGGUAAAAAAUGCAAACCAGACCAGUCAACUCAGUGUUGCUACUGGGACGCGGGACUCCGGACUGGGAGAUGAGGAGGUCCAUAUGAAGGAAUCCUCUCCGUCCUCGAUUAACCGUGAUUCGCUUGACGCCAAAGUACUGCUGCCAAUCUCAACUUCCACCCCAUCCGGGGUGAAGAAGCGAUCAAUGUCGUCACAGCAGAGGCAUGACAAAUCACCAACUGAUCGAUCGUCAACCUUUCGUUGCAGCCAGAAAGCAGGUCAUGCACAUCAUGCGAAUGGGCCGGUACCUCAGGCAUUGUCUUUGAAGAUCGACUCGAGGGGUGCGGUCCGCUCAGUGCACGGAGGCAAUCAGCUGGUUGCUCAGACCGUGGCAACAAGGCGAGCACGUGCGGAGGCGCUUGAACUCGAGCGAAGGAAGGCGCGACGCGCCAAGUGGGAGGCCGCCGAGGCUGCCAUCGAAGCCGCGGCACAGCGAGCCCACAGCCUUCGCAAGGCGCGCAGCUCGGAGCUUCGUGCUCGGAAUGAGGAAAGACGCGCCAAAGUGGCCGAUCGACGCAAACUCAUUGAGGAGGCAAGUCUGCCCGCAUCUGUUCCCCUUAAUCUAUCUUUGAACUCCUUUUGUCUCUCUGAUUUUGUGCUUGGAUCGAAAGUUUCAAUCUGCGGUUUCGCGUCAGACCUCGAUCCGAACGAUCCGCGCUACUGCCCCUUUGGAUUUGGCAGCUCGUGUCGUCGCGACGUCUGCCUCUCAGCGAAGCAACAGUUAGUCGCGAUGAAAAGGACCUCGAACGGAAACCGUGAAACCCCUCUCUCCAAGCUCUCGACGUCCUUCACGAUGGACACCCGGAAAAAACUCAUUUCUGGCACUGGCGAGCGUGUGAUGUCGGCGUCAAUGCACGCGGAGUGGCGCAGACCCCUGGCUGACAGAAACAGGAGCACAUCGCCUUGUUUUGCAGUGCAAAAAGGCAAGUCAAUCAAAAGAACACCAACCCUUCUUUCUGCUGAUUCUAGGCUUGGGAAAGAAAUUAUAAUUCAUGCUGCCUUGGCGACGCAGCCACGCAAGCAGCCGUCGAUUCCACGUGCCCAGGCGGACCCCAAACCCCCUUCAGCCUCCCUGCGGUCGUCGUAUCAGUCCACGUAUUCGCUGGCCAGCGGAAAAGUGGUUCGGCCCAGUGGAGAUUCCGUUCAGUCUCUGACGCAAUCGAGAAUACCCAAGCACGUGGGGGCCUUACCACCAAAGCGGCCGCAAUGCACCACCACCACCACUGUGCCCAGAUCGAAAAAAGCAGCACUGAAGAGGCCCUCUGCCGACACCCCACCCGCGCCCCCACCGGCCAGACGACCCUCGGCGACGACGACGGCGGCGACAAAGAUGCCCAUCUGCGUGAACGCCGGCUCCGAGCCAACGGGUGCCGAGGCAGAGGAAUAUCGCUCGCGCCUCAACGAGCAGCGCAGACUAGCGCGUCAACGGAAGCAGGAAGAGGCUAAGCUGAAGCAGGAGGAGGAGGAGGAGGAGAUGGACAAUCUGCUGCAAGAGGUGGCUCGCGCGAUGGUUAAUGAGGCCACCCAUUCAGCCGUCGCAGAGGUCAAAGCCAAGGCAGUCGGGGUUGUCGAUGGGGUGACGGUCGGAGCUACUGACAAGGCUGCCGAACGCCUGGCUUCACUGAAGUCCACAACAAGCAGCCUUAGCUCAUUAGACUGGCAUGAUGAGGAUAGACAGCUUCGGGAGUCGGCGACUGUGACUCCAAAGGGUGUUCCGGACAAGGCAUCUGAACUGGUGACACUGCCGGCGAACACUGAGUGCAUCCAAGAAUCCCAAUCUGAGAACUUGACCGAACUGUCCGGCGCUCAGCCGGACGCCACGGAAAGAGAACACCGACGGAAACGUCUCAACCAGAUCAUGAGUCGCGUGCGAGCCCCCCAGAACAGCCUCGGCUCACAGAACGGAGGCGAGAUUGCGCCCUCACCCCGGGUGCCUCUUGUCGUGCGUGUUAAUGGCUCGGACUACGACCAGGCGAAGUCCUAUUUGUUCCGGCCAAAUGCCAUUCAGUCGAUUCUUGAGAGCGGACGAUUGUCAAGCACCAGCAAGGCCGCCGCGCUUCUGCGAACUCGCCUCAUUCCACCAGAACAGCAGCAUCCACCUCUCGAACUGUGCUCACCUGCGACCGAAUCGUCAAGUAUCAGUGACUAUGAACCGCUGGAAGUCAAUGGUCGAGAUCCCAAUUUUCCAGGACCUGGCAUAAGUUUGGAGACGUCUCAGGUCAAGCGGGCUGCCUCCUCGCCCUCUGACACCGGUCACGAGCAGGCGUCUCUCGAAGACACCCAGUGGGAUCAGGCGUACACCUCCACCACCCCUGGCGUCUUCACCGACGCGGCGUACUUUCCAGCGAAUGGGGUCACCCUUGCCCGCCCCAACUCGAGUUCCUCCGACGUUAGCACCACCGCAGGUCUACCAAAUUAG